CACUCUCAAAGGGAGAAGAACACCCGCGACCACAGCGGCACCACCACUACGGCGCCGCAUAUACCACCGCCUCGGCGCCUCGUAUUCGCCAAGGGAAAAGAGCUGCCCUGUCUUCGCCUCGUCUGCCGGAAGCGAAAUUUCAAGGAGCACCCACGACUUCGCACACCGCCGGUGUAGGCUGCGAUCUGAUCGUGUGACCCAGCGGUAGCCGGGAGCUGCAAAGGGCGCGUCGAAGAUGAGCGUGGUUGGGUUUGAUUUGGGCAACGAGAGCUGCAUUGUGGGGGUGGCACGGCAGCGUGGCAUCGACGUGGUUCUCAAUGAGGAAUCCAAACGGGAGACCCCUGCCAUCGUCUGCUUUGGUGACAAGCAGCGCUUCAUCGGCACUGCAGGCGCUGCCAACUCCACCAUGAACCCAAAGAACUCCAUCUCACAGAUCAAGCGCUUGCUGGGCCGCAAGUUUGCUGAUCCUGAACUGCAGCGCGAUCUGCAGUCAUUCCCUUUCCGUGUCUCGGAGGGCCCCGACGGGUUCCCACUCGUGCACGCCCGGUAUCUGGGGGAGGAGCAUGCUUUCACCCCCACGCAGCUGCUUGCCAUGGUGCUGUCUAAUCUGAAGGCCAUUGCUGAGGAUAACCUGAAGUCCGCUGUUGUUGAUUGCUGCAUUGGUAUACCGGUGUAUUUCACUGACCUGCAGCGUAGGUCUGUUCUUGAUGCUGCCACUAUCGCUGGUCUCCGGCCGUUGCGUCUGUUCCAUGAGACCACUGCUACUGCAUUGGCAUAUGGCAUCUAUAAGAACGAUCUCCCUGAGAAUGAUCAGCUGAACGUCGCAUUUGUUGAUGUCGGGCAUGCCAGCAUGCAGGUAAGCAUUGUCGGGUACAAGAAGGGGCAGCUGAAGAUGCUGUCCCACGCAUAUGACCGGUCUCUUGGUGGAAGAGACUUUGAUGAAGCCCUGUUUAAGCACUUUGCGGCAAAAUUUAAAGAGGAGUAUAAGAUUGAUGUCUACCAGAAUGCCCGCGCGUGCAUUAGGUUGCGUGUGGCCUGUGAGAAGCUCAAGAAGAUGCUGAGCGCCAAUCCGGAGGCACCGAUGAAUAUUGAGUGCUUGAUGGAUGAGAAGGAUGUGCGAGGCUUCAUCAAGAGGGAUGAAUUUGAACAAAUCAGUGCCCCAGUACUAGAACGUGUGAAAGGGCCGCUGGAGAAGGCCUUGGCCGAAGCUGGCUUGACAACUGAAAGUGUGCACUUUGUUGAGGUUGUUGGAUCAGGUUCUCGUGUCCCUGCUAUAAUUAGGAUUAUCACUGAAUUCUUUGGAAAGGAACCUCGGAGAACUAUGAAUGCAAGUGAAUGUGUUGCCCGGGGAUGCGCUCUUCAGUGUGCUAUACUUAGUCCCACGUUCAAAGUGCGGGAGUUCCAGGUUAAUGAAGGUUUUCCUUUUUCAAUCGCUUUAUCAUGGAAACCAGAUUCCCAGAACAAUGAGCCCCAACAAACAGUGGUAUUUCCAAAGGGGAACCCUAUCCCGAGCGUCAAAGCUCUGACCUUCUAUAGGUCCAAUACAUUUGCAGUGGAUGUUCUGAAUGUCGAAACGGAAGAUUCGCAAGUAACACAAAAAAUUAGCACAUACACGAUCGGCCCUUUCCAAUCCAGCAAAGGUGAGAAGGCAAAGCUGAAAGUGAAAGUUCGUCUCAACAUUCAUGGAAUAGUCUCUCUUGAAUCAGCGACGAUGCUGGAGGAGGAGGAAGUGGAAGUUCCAGUUUCAGCUACAAGUGAGGUGCCAAAGGAUGCUAACAAAAUGGAGACAGAUGCCACUGAUGUCAAUAUGCAGGAGCCUAAAGGUACUACAGACACUGCUGAGGGUGCUACUGGAGAUGGGGCACAAGAUUCUGAGGAAAAAUCUGCUCCUAUGGAUACUGAUGCCAAGACUGAGCCAUCAAAAAAGGAAGUCAAGAAAACUAAUGUCCCAGUUGCGGAAUUGGUGUAUGGUGCAAUGGGGUCUGCUGAGUUGGAGAAAGCUGUUGAGAAGGAGUAUGAGAUGGCUCUUCAAGACAGAGUUAUGGAAGAAACCAAAGAGAAAAAGAAUUCCGUGGAGGCCUAUGUUUAUGACAUGCGUAACAAGCUUUAUGAGAAGUACUCUGAUUAUGUUACAUGGGAGGACAAAGUAACUUUGACGGCUAAGCUUCAGGAGGUUGAGGAUUGGCUGUACGAAGAUGGCGAGGAUGAGACCAAGGGAGUCUAUGUUGCAAAACUGGAAGAACUUAAAAAGGUUGGUGGCCCUAUCGAGGCGCGCUACAGAGAGUGGGAAGAAAGAGGUCCUGCUAUUGAGCAACUAGCGUACUGCAUCCGCAGUUUCAGGGAGGCUGCAUUGUCUAGUGACCCAAAGUUUGAGCAUAUCGACAUAUCGGAGAAACAAAAGGUUGUUAAUGAGUGCUCUGGAGCGGAGACUUGGCUGCAUGAGAAAAAACAGCAGCAGAAUGCUUUACCAAAGCAUGCUGACCCUGCUCUCCUUGUUUCCGACAUUAAGAAGAAGGCGGAAGCACUUGACAGAUUUUGCAAAUCGAUCAUGACAAAGCCAAAGCCAGCACCGAAGCCACAGACACCACCCCCGGCCGAAACUUCACCACCAGAGGCUCAAACACCAGAGCAGCAGCCAGAUGGUGCCACUGAAGCUAGUGAGCCGGCCAGUGAGGGAGGUGCGUGGGAGCAGCCUGCAGCCGAGCAGAUGGACACCGACGAACCUGAUCCUAACUCGGCAUAGGCUUAUUGUUGAUCGAAGCAGUUUUUUUUCUCUGCUAUUGACUGCGUUUCACGGUGUUGGUAGCGCGGCAAGCUUUUGGGUCUCGGCACGCACGGUUGCGAGCAAGGUUAUGUGUUGUGUUAGAACUUUGAGAGAGUUCGGUAGUGUAUGUAGCUGUCUGUCCCUGGACUUGGCUUUGUGGCUUUCUUGGUGGUGGGUGAUGCAGAUGCAGGGUUAUCAUCUUCAGAUUUUGGUGCCUGAUGUCAGCGAUAUCUUUGCUGUAGUUUUUAUAGCCAUCAAGGGUUUGAGCCAUGCUGAACAUGCUCCUGCGUUUUGCUGUACUCCUGUCUGCACCACCAGGACACACCCUCCAAAGCAUGUUUAAUCUAUUUCUGGCA